AUUCAACGUAACUCUGUGGUCUGACCUUUUAUGGUAAUUUUUUUAAUACUCAUUACUCACAAACCACCUAAAACACCCACACAUACAUGGUUCCCUAACAGUAGAGUAUAAAAUGAAGCUGAUCACUCUGUCAAAUCCUCUUCAACUGAAGCAACAACAUGCACGCCAUCAGUAUGCUGAUCUUACCGGUGCUGCUCCUCUUCUCUGCCGUGCCCCGCUCUGUCUCUGAUCCCACCUAUGAGCGCGUAGACCCACUGACAAGGGAAAGCCUCCUAUGCAACAUGUGUCCACCCGGCACGCACAUGUCCGCGCACUGCAACGCCACCACGCAAACCGUGUGUAAACCGUGCAGUAAUGAGCACUUCACUGAGAUGUGGAACUACAUGCCCAAGUGUUUGUACUGCAACACCUUCUGCCAAGGCAACAUGGAGGUGGAGAAGGAGUGCUCGGCGGUCAAUGACCGGGUCUGCCGGUGCGAAGAGGGCUACUACAAGAGGUAUGACUUCUGUGUCAGACACACAGAGUGUGGGCCAGGACACGGAGUUCACACCAAAGGUACUAUACACAAGAACACAAUUUGUGAAAGAUGUCCUGAGGGCACCUUCUCCAACUCAUCCUCUGCGCUGGAGCCAUGCGUAAAUCACCAGACGUGUGCCAGCGGAGAGAUAGUGUUAACGUCUGGAACGAUGCACCAUGACACUGUGUGUGGCACCUGCAAGGAUCUUGAAAGAGGAGGUGAGACACUCAGGACCGUUUUCCUAGGCUUGCUAAAAGACAUGCACAAGAUGCCUGUGGCAAAAAUGAGGAAACGUGCGUUAAGGUCAGCAAAGGAGAGGCGGCCCAGGAACUUAUGUCCUCUCAUGUAUCUCAUGAGAACGUGGCUGGAAGAGGCGACACAGGAGCAGCUGAUACAGCUGAGAGAGAUGCUGAAGGCUUUACAGCCCCUCACCCUGUCCGAAAAACUGGAGAAAACAUUGAAUGAGCUAAAGCAGCAGAGUCCAAACUGUCAGUUAACUUUCUGAUGCUCUUGAAUGACAGUAUAUUGGUGUAAGCAGAACAGAUAGGCUACCUCUUUCUUUUAUUCUCAGUUUGCCCGUCUAAAAACAAGUAUUUUAUGACAUUUUAAUAGUAAUGGUUACUUAGACUAUUAGAAGUGCAUCAAAACAUUGAAGCAAAUACUGUGAAGUUGUGUAUUGUGAAACUGAAAAUUUUCUUGUCAAGCACACCAACCAAAUAAAGAUGUUGCAAAUA